CGACAAUAGGAGAUUGGCGGCAAAUAACUUAUCGCACUACUCUCUUGAGUUGUGCAUCGCACAGAAUUGUGUGAAUGCAAAAAAUACAAUACAGUUAAGAAUUUUGAUGAGCGUUGUCUGUAACCAACUAAUGGCUACUAUCGAUUUCGAAGAGGGAGAAGUGGAAGACCUUAGCGGGUCAGAUCAUGAGGACUCUGGCCAAGAAUACGAGGAAAGUGCCCCACCAAAGUAUGACCAUAUGUCACUAAGUAUGUCUUUUCACAGAGUCGAUCUCCACAAGCACUCAAAACGGAGACGGCGUGGUGGAGGGAAGACUCGAAAUCCCCAUCGAGAUUCUUCUGUAGCAGCAGUUGACUACGAUGUCAAUGCAUCACACAUAGACUUGGGAAAUGGUAGUCAUAAGCGUCCGAGAGAGAAACUGCAGAUACUUGAGUUUCUCUCUGAGAACGAAGAUGAGACUGAUUCACUCGAUCGCGAAAGAAUUGACGACCGCAAACCCUCAAAAGUAAAUCGGAAGAAGAAAAAGCGAAAGAGAGAUAGGCAACCUUCUCAGUCGAGAUGUAAAUAUUUUAUGGAUGGUCGAUGUAGCAAGGGAAGUUCUUGCCCAUUUCUUCACGACAUCAUUCCAACGAAGAAACAUGAGUUGUGUAAGUUUUAUGCUGUUGGUGUGUGCUCAAAAGAAUCUUCGUGUUCCUAUCUGCAUGGUGAAUUCCCGUGCAAGUUUUUCCACUUGACAAAUGACUGUCAUCAUGGUGAAGAAUGCAAAUUCUCACACGCUCCUCUUACAGACUUCACACGAAGCUUGUUAGAGAAGUUAGCUUCUAAGCAUAACACUGAUCGCCCUUCAGUUAAAUCUGGUCAAGUAUGGCAAGCUGAGUUAUCACAAGCACCUCUGAGUGGUCGGUCGUGGGACGACAAUCAUGGUGAUGUUGACUACAGAUUCGAUCAAAAAUCCCUACAAAUGAGUAUAUCCGACAAAGAGCUUAUCAAUCCUGGAUUCAACCCCCAACGUAUGCCUUCCUUAGCUCCAAAUCUCUUCGCUCCUAUAUGUGCACCUGGUCCUCGCCCAUUUCGACCGGAACAUGACCCUGUACGCGUCCGAGGAAUGCGUCCAUUCAACAUGAUUCCCGGAGAGCAGAUGCCCCCAAUUGUUUAUCCGAAGGAUGAACGAUGUUUUCCGCCACCCAAUCCAUAUGGUCCUAUAACAUUUCCACCAAAGCAUACUAUGCCAACCGCAGCAUGUGCUCCUACAGUUAACGGAUUCAGACCUCCAUCACUACUUGAUACGCCACCGAGAUGUCCUCAGCCGCGAACAAUGUUGCCACGACCACGUAUGAUGGACCCAGGAAACGUUAGAUUUCCUCGAUUCAGACCCAGAGGUGAAACACUUUGCCCCCUUGGCAUCAGGCCACCCAUGAGACCUAUUUUCAAUGCAUUGCAGGAGGAAGAUAUUGUGAGUUCUGAAUUAGAUAAGAUGGCAGCUCUUCUCGCUUCAAGUAAACCUAAAAACGAUGAACGUAAAGAUAAUUCAGUUGUUCCCCCUACGUCACCUUUGGGUUUAAAUGAUCAACAGCAACGUGAAAAUAUAAGUCCACAGCAGGUAAGUAUUGUAAGUGAUAGCUUGGAAAUAUCAGUUAGUAUUAAAUAAGAAUAGCAAAUAGUUAUCUGUUUAAUCCAUACAACCAUUAGUGGAAAUGAUGACAACAAGCAACUAACGCUUGUGGUCCCCAUAGAUCAAUUAUGUAUAAUAUGAGGUGCUUCAAAUUUCAGUUUCCCUGGCCUGUACAUUCUAUUAGGCAAGUUGUUUGAUUAGUUUGAUAAGUGAACUAGGUAUGCUGUCUUAGGAGAUUCCAAAAAUUAAAGGAUUACUUUAUCGUAUAUUGUUGCUAUUAUUUUAUAAUAAAUUUUCUCUCUUCCUCGCCAUUUUAGUCCUCAUUAGAAAAUGAAACA